CUCAAAAGGCUGAACCUUCCUUGCAUCCCUUCGGUGCUUACGACUAAAAUUGCGCACUUAUGGCAUACAGCGCACGUCCAACUAGCAGUUCAGAUUUAGGGGUUUUACUGGAGAGUGUUCAACCCGCAAGAUGUUCAUAGGCGGCGACGAUUCGCUCAAGCACGCGCCUCACACGUCGGACUCGUCAUCCCCACCAGCCGCACCUCGGCUGCCUCGUCCACAUCCGCAUCGAGCGCAACCUGUCCCCCGUCUGGAAGUCCAGCGCAUCGAGGGUGACAUGUUCAUCUCGUCGUUCCUCUGCAUCAGAGACGUCAGCCCCGGCCCCGUUACUCUAGAGCAGCUGCAGGAAGCAGCGCAGUCCGUCCCUGCACCUCAGAAUGAUGAGUUCGGAGAGUGCUUGCCGUGGGUGUUGGCUGUCGUGCUGAAGUUGCAUGAUAUGGGACUUGUAGUCUUGGCAAAUGCUGAAGCGCCGCAGGACAAGGCAUAUACUAGGAGGGAUAAAUGUCCCAAUGUUGCUGUAUCUCAGUUCUCUCAUUGA